AUGGCAAACACAAAUCAGAACACGCCUGUCACCCGCCGGACAAGAUAUCUGGGAUCCACGCCGUAUUGUCCGCUGACUUCGUCAUCAUGGGACUCUGGGUAUGGCUCCAACAUCACCACUCCUGAACAGCCUUCAGUCCCCCGGAGCCUCCCCGAUGUCAGCCCAUAUGCCUUGGACGGAAACAGUCCGGAUAUUCCCGACCUACUUCACGAAGAAGGUGACGAAGACCUUUUUUUCUUAACACCGACCACACCAACAAAGAACGCCGGUCGUUCAGACAGUUGCCGAAACGAGAAGGUCGCAGCCAACAUUCCCCAUCCACCGCGUGGUCACUUCCGUUCCAGCCUGUCUUCUGUCUUCUUUUCGACACCGCCGCCCAAAUUUGGUCUGCCUCCCAGGCACGAGUCCGAAGUCUCAAGUAUAAAAAAUACUUUCCCGUCUACGCGCCGUCCUGACCGAUUUGUUCACCCGCGAGACACGAACAGCAACCCGCAGCCACUUUCCGAAAGAUUUCAUGUCACGAACUUCCCCGACGACCUGACUCCUGCAGAAAGACUUCUCCGCCACAGCAAUAUCUCUGCAGAUGUAUUCUCACCAGCACAGCCCCGCUUCAACCCUGCGCCUACCAAUGCAGACGGCCGGCAGGCGCUCCAACAUGAGGCAGGAAUAUUAACUCAGACAAGAGCUAGGACUACUCUGGGCUCGGUCGACCAUAACAGCGAACUCGACUCCGCUGAUGAACUUCCCAGCGACGGAUCAGUCUGGGCUCUGGGUACCAUUCCACCUAUCAUCGGUGCCGUUGACGACGGACGUGGAAACUUCCAUUGGCCGGAAAAUGCAACCACAUACGUGGCAACACAAGAUUGUUGGAUCGAAGAAGACGGCAUGGAAUGGCACAACCUGGGCGAGACAAGGGCCAAUGUCACAAUCCUCUCUGCACCUGAUUUGCGGGAUGACUUCUAUUGCUCUGUGCUGGCCUUCACGCCAACUUGCGAUACUAUUGCCGUCGGUCUGGGAGAUUUACUCUAUCGUUGGACGGAGGAAGACGGUGCAAAGCUUCUUAACGGAUCCCGUGAUGGUAGUUCCUGGCUCACGUCUCUGGCCUUCUCUUCCGCACAGGGUGGAAAGAGUAUCUUGGCAUUUGGGCGCUCGAACAACAUGCUUGGCUUGCUGUCCAUGUAUGAGUCUGGGGUCUCACGGAUGGUCAUACAAGAGAGCGCGCCAAUUUCUUGUCUGAGCUGGCGCCCAACGUGCACGACGCGCCCAUCCAAGAGCCCGCACAAGACCGGCUCCCUUGUCCAAACGGAAGAUCUAUUGGUCGGUGAUGAUAUUGGUAAUGUGCAGUAUUAUGUCGUCGAAUGGCCUGAUACAUGGGAGGUCGAGAAUGACAACUGGAGGGGCGAAAUGACGCUGGUGGCCAGGAUCUCGGUCCAUUAUCAGCAAAUUUGCGGGCUUGCAUGGACUGUUGAUGGCCAGUCUUUUGCGACUGGGGGCAACGACAACAUGUGCAAAUUUUUCCAUGCCGAUGAUGUUCUACCGAGAUCCCAUCGUCCUGGAAGUACUGGGAAUGUGUCAGUCGGACUCCCACAGGGACAGACUCUCCUCCAAAACGAAGGUAGCCGAAUGAAAGCUGUCCUCCCUGGUGGUAGUCAGAUUCGAGAGCGGGUUCUCAGCGAGAAAUAUGUGCGCCGGAUCGGUCCGGGGGCUGAAAGUUGGCGCUGGGAACAUGGAGCUGCCGUCAAGGCAAUUGCCUUCUGCCCGUGGCAGGAAGGCCUUGUUGCAACAGGUGGUGGUUCCAACGACAAAUGCAUUCACUUUUUCCACACAACAUCAGGCGCUGCGCUUGCGACGAUUUUUGUGUCUUCCCAGGUCACAAGCCUCAUCUGGAGCAGCAGCCGUCGAGAAAUUGCGGCCACAUUUGGGUUUGUGCACCCUGGACACGCAGUUCGAAUCGCGGUCUAUUCGUGGCCAGACUGCAAGCAGGUGAACACGAUCGAAUGGGAGAGCGAGCACCGAGCUCUGUACGGAAUCUCGUGCGCGAAAGGGCCCUACUAUGUUCCCAAACCGGAACUCCCCAACGAUAAACGCCAUGACAGCAAAAGCCGCACGCUGAAGGAAGGCUGUAUUGCAGUGGCUGCGAGUGACGGUAGCAUCAAAUUCUACGAGCUCUGGCCCUCAGGCGACAAGCCUGCAACGGGAGGCGUGGGCAUGCUCGGGGGCAGCGACAUUCUGGAAGAUCUUGAGGGGAUUCAGAAAGAGGGCGACAUUAUUCGGUGA